AAGAAGAAAGCAACUCAGUGCUCACUGCUAACUGUAUCUGUGUAUGCCCACCACCAUCACCUACUUUUUCUUUCACUUCGCAAUAAUUCAACUCUUUCAAUCAAUCUCCAUCACAUCCUCCACAACUUUCAAACACAAAGCCCGCUCUCUCUCUCUCUCGCUCUCGCUUUUCCCUCUUCUCUUUUAUUCAAAUUUCUCUUUUUUCCAUUGCUUUUUUUCUGUUGCUGUUGCUGAUUGCAAGUAGUGGUUUCAGUGAUUUCUUUUUCCUUUUAUUCAAAUUUGGUUUUCUCUUCCAUUCUCGACACUAUUCCCAUCUCCAUUAAUGAAGACUUCCUGCUCAUCAUCCUCUACCUCUUCCUUUGAUGGAAACUUGGGUAAUUCCCACAAUGCCACCGUCGGUUGUCUCUCUACCAUCGUCCGGCGCCUCCUCUGCUUUGGUGGUCUCCCUACUCACCCCGCCGAUCACCUUAAAGAACCAGACUGCAUCAAGCUGGAUCACGGGCCAACCUCCAAGGAGACGGAGGAAAAGAGUGAGGUUCCCACGGCAACUCCAGGCAUAGUGGCUAGGCUAAUGGGUCUUGAAUCAUUGCCGGCGAAGACUCCAGAUUCAAUUGGCCGAAGUAGGUCUGCAAACUCUGCAGAGUACUGGCCAGAAUUUGAGAAGCCACAGGGACGGCAUCGACGCGUAAGGACUUCUCUGUCGUUUCGCGAAGCCUCCACGUUCUUACAGCUGGAGAACGAAGAUUUCCUUCUCCUCAGCUUUGAGAAUGUGAGAGAAACUAAUGAGCUGAGAUGUAAGGGAAGGAAGUGCGAGACGGGUUUCGGAGAAUUGAAGCAGAGGAAAACAGAGAUGAGUAGAAACAAUAACAAGGAGAACAGAAAAGAGAGAAUCGAGGAGAAGAAGAACAAAACGAACAAGGAAGAUAAAGAAAACAGGAAGAGGGUUCACAGCGAAAAGGAGAAGCCGGAGAGAAGGAUCUCCGACAGACGGCCUUUGCGUGAGGUUAGCAAUCGUUGCGAUAUCAAGGAUCAGGGUUCAACAAAGCUUCCUCAGAAGAAGGAUGCUCACACAAACCAGAAUGCACUUAGGAAGACAGGAAGUCCACCGAAGCCUACUAAACACAAAGACGUCUCUGAGAAAGCAAAACUUGCCAAGAAAAAGAAGAGCAACAACAAUGCCUCUUCAACCAAGAAAGUUGAAACCGAGUGCAACUCGGAAAAUUCAAGCCCAGUUUCUGUUCUUGAUCUCACUAGCUUUCUAGUUGACUCUGAAACUCCUUUAUCAGAAGAAGAAUCGAAGCCAAAAGGUUCAACUUCAAGAAGGAAACUAUCGCCAGAGCUAGCCAAGUCCGAAGGUCCAUCUCCACUUUUUGCUCGUAUUACGAGCUUGGAUGAUUGGGAAUCAAAUUCAUUUGACACAAAAGCAAUCAAGGAAACAAGCAAGGAGGAUGAUCAGGCCCACUUAGAGUGGUGGGGAGAGAUUUGCCAUUUAACAGAUCAAGACAUUAAAACCUCAAGUUGGGUUUCAAGAGAGGUGUCAACGUUGGAAGAAUUCGAUGAGAUCAGGAUUGAAUUCAGCGUACAAAUCCUCGACCAACUUCUACACGAGAUUAUAGACGAAUUUGCGAUAUUUCCUUCCACGAAUUUACUGUACAAUUGUGUAUAAAUUCUGCAAACUCUCUCACUGUACUGUAUUUUUACUUCUUCCCCUGUUAAGACAAUGUGAACUCGAGUUCCCUGAGACUUCAGAGAUCCAUGGCAGUGUGCAUUGUAAGUUGAAAUAAUAA